GCCAAAAUGCAAGAAAUCACCAAGAUGUUUAUACUGCAUGGACUUCACAUAUUCUACCUCCUUGUAUUUCAUUUGGCUGCCUGCCAGCAUACAGAGGAACUGCAUCUAAGCGGACCUCUGCAAGACAUGACUUUCAACGUUCAAGAAGGUACAAUUGGAUUUCAGUACCUAUACCAGUUCAUAAUAGAGCCACCUGCUGAUAGUCUGAGACUAAGUGGUGAAACAGAUGGCAUCUUUGAAAUUGGACCAAAGCGAGGAAUUUUGUAUUUCAAUAGGACUUUAGACAGAGAAACCAAAGCAGUCUAUAAGCUACAGGUGAAUGCCAUAGAUGCAAAGGGAGAGAAAGUAAAAGGUCCCUACGUUAUCACUAUAAAUGUUCAGGAUAUCAAUGAUAACCAGCCACAGUUUGACCAGCUAAAGUAUUCUGGAGUAGUGAGGCCACUACCUUCACGUGCAGGCAAACCUUUCAUGUAUGUGCAUGCUACUGACCUUGACGAUCCUACAACUCCCAAUGCACAGCUGAGUUACAGCAUUUUUCAGCAUUUUCCUAACCCCUAUCAUGAGAUGCUUUUUGAGAUCAAUAAUAAAACUGGAGGAAUCGCUACUAGUCCUCAAGGAGCUCGUCUUUUAGAUCCCCAGAAGCAGGAUCAUUUCACCCUUGUUGUCACAGUGAAGGAUUUGGCAGGAAUGACAGGGAAUGCUUUCACCAAUAAUGCUGAUGUGGAAAUCACUGUGAAGGAGAACCUUUGGAAGGCACCUCCUCCAGUACACAUCAGAGAGAACUAUACUGGUCCCUAUCCCAUGAUCGUCACUCAGGUACAGUGGAAUGAUCCAGAUGCAAAAUAUGAACUUCUUCCAAAAGAGAGGUUGCCCAGGUUCCCAUUUACGAUUAAUAAGAACGGGACUAUUUAUGUGACUGAACCAUUGGACAGGGAAGAAAAGGAUUUUUAUGCCUUCUAUGCAACUGCAAAAGAUGAACAAGGAGAAAUACUAGACAAGCCUUUGGAAAUUCAAAUUGUGGUGGAAGAUGUUAAUGAUAAUCCACCUGUGUGCCAGAAAGCUUUAACCAUAUUUGAAGUUCAGGAGAAUGAAAAUGUAGGAAGUGUUAUUGGAACUCUGGAAGCUUCAGACAUAGAUGAACAAGGCACUCUUAAUUCUCGCUUGCAGUUUCAUAUUGUGGAUCAGAACCCCAAAAUUCCUGUUGAUAAAUUAUUCAUUGUUCAGCAAGAAGCUGGGACAUUCCAGUUAAGGAGCUCUUCAUUAAACAAGCACAUAGUUUCUAACUAUACCCUGAAAGUGGAAGUAACAGAUGCAGGAUUUAAAACAGUGUGUGAUGUGCAAAUAAAUGUCAUUGACAUCAAUGAUCAGAUUCCCAUCUUUGAAAAAUCAGAUUAUGGUAAUGUGACUAUUCCAGAAGAUACUCCAAUAGGAAAUGUAAUACAAGAAAUUCAAGCUACUGAUGUAGAUGAGCCAUUCACUGGAAGCUCUCAAAUCAUUUACCAGAUUGAAGAGGGGGACCCAGGAAAAAUUUUCUUCAUAGAGACAGACCCCAAAACAAAUAGAGGAUUCAUCAAGAUUCAAAAGGCUCUCGAUUUUGAAAAAUCUUCAGUGUAUGACCUUAUGAUCAAGGCCACAAACCCUGAACCUCUGGUGUCUGGAGUACAGUAUCAGUCAAACUCCACUGCCUAUUUCAGAGUUAUUGUGACUGAUGUGAAUGAGCCACCGGUUUUCAGCCAGUUCACUUAUAUAACAACUGUAUAUGAAAAUACUUCUGUAAACACCUUGGUAAUGAAAGCAGAGGCAUAUGAUCCCGAGGGGGAUGAAAUAAGAUAUACCUUAAAGAACAAUAACAGGAAGUGGCUACGAAUUGAUGAAAUCUCUGGAGACAUAUAUACUGCUUCACGUUUGGAUCGAGAACAAGAACGUGCAUACAGAGUAGAGGUCACUGCAAUACAGACCAGUAAAGAAUCUCAGAGCUCCACAGCGAUCUUCAUACUACACAUAGAAGACGUGAAUGAUAAUGCUCCCCGCUUAGCUAAGAAUUAUUCUCUAUUCUUCUGCCAUCCACUCGUUGGAGGAGAACGUGCACAAAUUGAAGCUACUGAUGAUGAUGAAUUUGAUCCAGAGUUCACUUUUUCUAUUGGGGGUGAUGAAAAUAUAAAAAGGAACUGGGCGAUCUUUAGAAUCAAUGGUACCCAUGUUGACCUUUCCCCAACGAGCCUUGAUCUAGAGGCAAAAAUGCAUAACAUUCCACUAAAAAUUAAGGACAAGGGAGAACCACCAUUGGAAAGAAACCUGAAUCUCCAAGUAAACAUCUGCAGGUGUACAGAUGCCAGGACAUGUUUUAUUGAAUUAGUAUACAAUAAACAGUCACCAUCAGUCGGCAUGGCAGUUGGUAUCCUUCUUGCAGUAGCAAUAAUCAUUGGUGGGAUUUUAGGGGGUGUAUUCUUCCACUUGAACCGCAAGAAAAAGAAGGAAAGAAAAGAAGCAGACCAGAAUGCAAAAAGUCCACAUGAAAUGGAACCACUGCCAACAUAACUGGAAAUACAUUUUAUAACUAGUUUUUGCAUAAAUGUGUUUUUAGAAACUUCUGACACAGGUAAAUGUAGUUUCCUCCAAUCCUCCCCCCC